AUGUGCCAGGAGACGGUUGUGCUGCUGCGAGAGAGAACUGACGUCAUCCGAGAGGAGGAGGAGGGUGAGGAGGAGGACACGGUGCCCGAGGGCGAGCGUUCCGAGGGAGAUGGAGCCGAAGAGCAAAAGCCCGACGAGCACAAGCCCAAGACGGAAGCUGAAAUUGCCAGCGAGACCAGGAGAAAGCGGAAACUGUACCAGAAAUCGGAGAGCAUCGUGCUGGAGGCGGAGGAGCCGUGGAUGGACCGCUCGUUCCCCUCCUUCGCGUCGCGGGGCAGCACCUCGCUCAGCUGCAGCGACGCCUUCAGCAUCCCCGCACCUCCGGCUACAGGGUAA